GUGGAAAAGGCUCAGGACAUGGUGGAGGAUCUAGCUCUGGUGGAGGUGGGUCAAGUUAUGGAGGUGGAAAAGGCUCAGGAUAUGGAGGAGGAAGCUCUGGCAGUGGAGGCUCCAUCUGUGGAGGAGGAGGAAGCUCUGGCAGUGGAGGCUCCAUGUCCAAGGGGAGCAGCUGCUCUGGAGGUGGAGGAUCUAGCUCUGGUGGAGGUGGGUCAAGUUAUGGAGGUGGAAAAGGCUCAGGAUAUGGAGGAGGAAGCUCUGGCAGUGGAGGCUCCAUCUGUGGAGGAGGAGGAAGCUCUGGCAGUGGAGGCUCCAUGUCCAAGGGGAGCAGCUGCUCUGGAGGUGGAGGAUCUAGCUCUGGUGGAGGUGGGUCAAGUUAUGGAGGUGGAAAAGGCUCAGGAUAUGGUGGAGGAUCUAGCUCUGGUGGAGGUGGUGGGUCCAUUUCUGUUGGAGGGAAAGGUUCAGGAUCCGGAGCGGGUGGAUCCAGUUCAGGUAGUGGAGGCUCCAUAUCCAAGGGUAGUAGCAUCUCUGGAGGUGGAGGAUCUAGUUCUGGUGGUGGUGGGUCAAGUUGUAGAGAAGGUAAAGGAUCAGGAUAUGUGGGGGGAAGUUCAGGGCAUGGAGGUUCCAUGUCUGGAAGUGGUCAGAGCUCUGGUGGUUAUGGAUCUGGCUCCAGCAGUGGGAGAUGCAGCCCCCGCAGUGGUGGGAUGACCUCAGGAGGAGGAAGCAGCUGUGGCAUGAGAGGGUCCACCUCCAGAGGUGAAGGACAGGGAAGUUCUUGUCACAGAGGCUCCAUGUCUGCAGGUGGCCAGAGCUCUGGUGGCUAUGGAUCCAGCUCUGGCAGUGGCAGAUGCAGCCCCCACAGUGGAGGAAUGAGCUCUGGAGGUGGGAGUAGUUGUGGGAGGAGAGGGUCCGUAUCUGGAUGUGGAGCACAGGGAAGUUCAUGUCAUGAAGGCUCCAUGUCUGGAGGUGGACAGAGUUCUGGAGGUUAUGGAGCAGGGUCUGGGAGUGGCAGCAGCAGCACACACAGUGAGGGCAUGAGCUGUGGAGCUGGGAGCAGCUCUAGCAGGAGACGGUCCAUAUCUGGAGAAGGAGCACAGGGAAGUUCAUGUCAUGGAGGCUCCAUGUCUGGAGGUGGACAGAGCUCUGGAGGAUUUGGAUCAGGCUCAGGGAGUGGUGGGAACAGUUCUGGGGGAAGAAUCAGCUCUGGGUAUGGAGGAAGCUCAGGCCGUAGAGGACUGAGCUCUGGUGGUUGCAUUGGUGGUGGAGAAGGAGGCUCAGGGUAUGGAGAAAGCUCAGGUAGGAGAGGUUCCAUCUCUGGAGGUCAUGGGGGAUCCAAUUAUGGCAGUGGUGGAGGAGAAGGAGGCUCAGGGUAUGGAGGAAGCUCAGGUAGGAGAGGCUCCAUGUCUGGAGGUGGUCACAGCUCUGGAGGGUUGGGAUCGGGCUCUGGCAGUGGAGGGAGCAGUUCUGGGGGAGGAAUGAGCUCAGGGUAUGGAGGGAGCUCAGGCAGUGGAGGACUGAGCUCUGGCGGUUGCAUUGGUGGAGGAGAAGGAGGCUCAGGGUAUGGAGGAAGCUCAGGUAGGAGGGGCUCCAUGUCUGGAGGUGGUCACAGCUCUGGUGGAUACGGAUCAGGCUCUGGCAGUGGCAGUUGCAGCCCCCACAGUGGGGGAAUGAGCUCUGGUAGUGGUGGGAGCAGCUCUGGCAGGAGAGGCUCCGUCUCUGGAGGUCAUGGGGGAUCCACUUAUGGCAGCGGUGGCUGUGUUGGUGGAGAAGGAGGCUCAGGGUAUGGAGGAAGUUCAGGAUAUGGAGGUGGCUCUGGCAGGAGAGGCUCCAUGUCUGGAGGUGGAGGAGGAAGCUCAGGUCAUGGAGGAUCCAGUUAUGGCAGUGGUGGUUGCAUUGGUGGUGGAGAAGGAGGCUCAGGGUAUGGAGAAAGCUCAGGUAGGAGAGGCUCCAUAUCUGGAGGUCAUGGGGGAACCAAUUAUGGCAGUGGUGGUUGUAUUGGUGGAGGAGAAGGAGGCUCAGGGUAUGGAGGAAGCUCAGGUAGGAGGGGCUCCAUGUCUGGAGGUGGUCACAGCUCUGGUGGAUACGGAUCAGGCUCUGGCAGUGGCAGUUGCAGCCCCCACAGUGGGGGAAUGAGCUCUGGUAGUGGUGGGAGCAGCUCUGGCAGGAGAGGCUCCAUUUCUGGAGGUCAUGGGGGAUCCACUUAUGGCAGCGGUGGCUGUGUUGGUGGAGAAGGAGGCUCAGGGUAUGGAGGAAGUUCAGGAUAUGGAGGUGGCUCUGGCAGGAGAGGUUCCAUCUCUGGAGGUGGAGGAGGAAGCUCAGGUCAUGGAGGAUCCAGUUAUGGCAGUGGUGGUUGCAUUGGUGGUGGAGAAGGAGGCUCAGGGUAUGGAGGAAGCUCAGGUAGGAGAGGCUCCAUGUCUGGAGGUCAUGGGGGAUCCAAUUAUGGCAGUGGUGGUUGCAUUGGUGGAGGAGAAGGAGGCUCAGGGUAUGGAGGAAGCUCAGGAUAUGGAGGUGGCUCUGGCAGGAGAGGUUCCAUCUCUGGUGGUGGUCACAGCUCUGGAGGGUUGGGAUUGGGCUCUGGCAGUGGCGGGAGCAGUUCUGGGGGAGGAAUGAGCUCAGGGUAUGGAGGGAGCUCAGGCAGUGGAGGACUGAGCUCUGGCGGUUGCAUUGGUGGAGGAGAAGGAGGCUCAGGGUAUGGAGGAAGCUCAGGUAGGAGGGGCUCCAUGUCUGGAGGUGGUCACAGCUCUGGUGGAUACGGAUCAGGCUCUGGCAGUGGCAGUUGCAGCCCCCACAGUGGGGGAAUGAGCUCUGGUAGUGGUGGGAGCAGCUCUGGCAGGAGAGGCUCCAUUUCUGGAGGUCAUGGGGGAUCCACUUAUGGCAGCGGUGGCUGUGUUGGUGGAGAAGGAGGCUCAGUGUAUGGAGGAAGUCCAGGAUAUAGAGGUGGCUCUGGCAGGAGAGGUUCCAUGUCUGGAGGUGGCUUGAGCAGGAGGGGCUCCAUUUCUGGAGGAGGAGGAGGAAGCUCAAGUCAUGGAGGAUCCAGCUAUGGCAGUGGUGGUUGUAUUGGUGGAGGAGAAGGAGGCUCAGGGUAUGGAGGAAGCUCAGGAUAUGGAGGUGGCUCUGGCAGGAGAGGUUCCAUGUCUGGAGGUGGUCACAGCUCCGGAGGGUUGGGAUCGGGCUCUGGCAGUGGUGGGAGCUUUUCUGGGGGAGGAAUCAGCUCUGGGUAUGGAGGAAGCUCAAGCAGGAGAGGCUCCAUCUCUGGCGGAGAAGGAGGCUUAGGUUAUGGAGGGUCUGGUUAUGGCAGUGGUGGUUGCAUUGGUGGCGGAGAAGGUGGUUCAGUAUAUGGACGGAGUUCAGGGUUUGGAGGAGGAAGUUCCAGUAGGAGAGGCUCCAUAUCUGAAUGUGGAGAAAGAGGGAGCUCAGGCUAUAGUGGAUCCAGUUAUGGCAGUGGUGGGUGCAUUGGUGGGCGAGAAGGUGUCUCAGGGUUUGGAGGAGAGUCAGGAUGUGGCGGAGGCUCUGGAUAUGGGGGAGGGUCAGGGCGUGUAGGAAACUCUGGGUAUGAAGGAAUUUCAGGCUAUGGAGGAGGAAGCUCAGGUAGGAGAGGGUCAGAGUCUGGGGGAGGAGGAAACUCCACCUCUGGAGUUUCGGGACUGAGCUCUGCUGGCACCUGCAGCCCUGGCAGUAGUGGAGAAAGAGGUUGGGAUUGCUCUGUAGGGGACAGUUGCUACAGAGCAGGGACUAGUGGAGAUGGGACACCCAUCUGCAGAGAUGAGACAGAGGAACGCAGGUCAGGAGGAGGGUGGUCUUCUCCAAGCACAUGUUACUGGUCUGCCUAUGGAGGUGGCUCAAGUUCAUCUGGAGAUGCUGCCCACAAGUAAAACUUGGAUGCGAAAUCUCACCAGUGGAAUGGGAUGAAGACAGUCCCUCCUUGUCAGGGGCAAUGGGACUUUCCUGCUGUCACCACUGGUCUGGAUGGGCUGUGGAUCAUCCUGAGCUCUCACUGCACAACCACCCCUGGACUCUCCACCCCACUCCUCUGCUGGAUGCUGAUAUUGUGAUGGUGUCCCUUCCUUGGGCUUUCUCAGAACUUUUAAUCUCAGGCUGUGUGGAACCUUUAUCUUUAGCAACUAAAAGCUUGAAACCUUG